AUGCUGGCUGCGGUGGCGCGUCCGCGUUGGGAUCCCGAUUCAAGGACCUACUUUGACGGGAAAUUGGGCAUUUGGCCGUUCAUCGAACGGAAACCUGCUGUUCGUAGCAGCCCCCGGCGACCUGCUGGAACGCUGGUAACGAUGGAAGGGCGCGUUAACCAAGAAACCUACCAAAACAUGCUAAUUCAACAACUUCUAUCUGCCAUCCGUGAGAAGUGGCCUUUUAUUGUCCGUGGAGGCUGCGUCAGAGUGCUGCAAGAUAAUGCCCCCGCCCACAUAGAUACCAGUGACCAACGGUUUGCUACUGCUGUUGCUGAACAAGGACUUAACAUCCAGCUUUGCUUCCAGCCGCCCUACUCGCCCGAUCUCAACUGUUUGGACCUCUCGCUCUUCUCUGCAAUUCAAGCUCGUCAACGUCUGAAGUCUUCAACGACCAUGGAUGAACUUAUAGAGGCCGUCGCCGACUCGUACUGGGAGUUGCCUCCGUCGAAGCUGGAUGCAGCGUUUCUCAGUCUUCAAUGCUCCAUGGACAAGUGUAUCAAGGACGGCGGUGGCAUUGCGUUUAAAGCCUCGACAUAUGGCGAAGGAAAACUUGAGAGGGAGGGGCGACUUCCUAUCUGCCUGCAAUGCUCUCCUGAAGUCGCGUCUCAAGGUGGCGUGGCCAGUGAAGCUGAGCAGCUUGUCAGCCUGUUGCCACCACCCGUGGGCGGUGCCGCGAGCGCACUGCAGCUCCCGGGCCACCUCCUCCACUCCGACCUCCUGCAUCCGCCGGACAGAGUCCCGCUUCUCGCGGAAUCUGUAACUUCGCUGUUUCUUCUUCUUCUUGGGGGAGAGUUGUCCAAUCUGCAGAAUGAAAUUCUCUCUGCCAUCCGUGAGAAGUGGCCUUUUAUUGGCCGUGGAGGCUGCGUCAGAGUGCUGCAAGAUAAUGCCCCCGCCCACAUAGAUACCAGUGACCAACGGUUUGCUACUGCUGUUGCUGAACAAGGACUUAACGUCCAGCUUUGCUUCCAGCCGCCAUACUCGCCCGAUCUCAACUGUUUGGACCUCUCGCGCUUCUCUGCAAUUCAAGCUCGUCAACGUCUGAAAUCUUCAACGACCAUGGAUGAACUUAUAGAGGCCGUCGCCGACUCGUACUGGGAGUUGCCUCCGUCGACGCUGGAUGCAGCGUUUCUCAGUCUUCAAUGCUCCAUGGACAAGUGUAUCAAGGACGGCGGUGGUAAUGCGUUUAAAGCCUCGACAUAUGGCGAAGGAAAAACUUGA